GUGGAUGGAGAUUUGCGGCAAAAUGCUGACGGAUUGGGACGACCUCAGUGAAGGCAAACAGGAAGAUUGCAAGACGGCAGUUAUGGUGCGAUGGCGCUCAAUAAGGGACCGCUAUAAGAAAGACUAUAAUGAGGAGGUCAAUCGCCCGAGUGGGUCUGGCGGAACCCGCCGGCAGCCGUACCGCUAUGCGGCUGCCCUAGGGUUCCUACGUAGAACCCUAGAGCUGCGAAGAACAACUAGCAGUACUCGGGCGCCAGAACCUCCUUCUGAAAGUCAACAAGAGGCGGUCCCUGCUGAGCUGCCACCCGCGGAUCCCUCUCCACCUCGUCCAGCACCUGGUCAGGACCCAAAUCGUCCUCUACUGGUGCCCUCUGGUGACGCAACAAUGGCCGUUAUGGCGCCACUUUUUGAGGCGUUGAUGCGUCGCCAGAGGGCCGGUAGAAGCCGCCAAGCUGAUUAUGAAGACCUCACAAGGCUCUUGUAUGAGACCUUGUGUGGUUACAGCAAUAGGAUUGUAGCCAUCGAGGCCGAGCUGAGAAGUCUGCGGGAGUGUGUGGCGCAGUUUUCUCAGCCGGGCCCGCUACAAACCUAUUGGCCGUCAAUUAUUCAGCUGGUGGCGGACUUCACGCCCGACCAGGUGUUGGAGUUCAGACGUAGGGUGGAGGAUGCGGUGUGGGAUUUGAGACACCGCACAACUCCUGUUCCCCAACCACCAACCUAUCCCCCCUCCCAUUCCUAUCCCCCCUCCCAUUCCUAUCCCCCCUCCCAUUCCUAUCCCCCCUCCCAUUCCUAUCCCCCACCACAACCUCCUCACCCCUUCCAACCUCCUCACCCUUCCAACCUCCUCACCCCUUCCAACCUCCGCAAACUCCAACCCGUCCACCUCAACCACCUCCCCAUUCUACAACCCCCGAGCCUUUUCACCACUCUUCUUUCUCUCCUCAAAACUACUUCCAACAAGCAACUUUCACCACUCCUUCUUCGCUGGCUCGGACAACUCCUUCACCCAAUCCCCCAUCCCGUUUGCAUACUCCCUCUGUCUCUCCUCCCACAUCACACAUUUCAGUCUCCACCAGAACAUACGAAGGUGGAGAGGGAUCAAGCCGUGCACUGCCUUCCACCCCCCAACCUCCUCCUACAAUUCCUCAAUACCAGGAUUUUUUUAUUUUGUAAAAUUCAGUAA